AUGCUGUGGAUUCAGAGGAAGAAGAGAAGGAAGACCACUGGUGAGACUGAAGAAAAUCACUUCAAGUCACCAGAAUCCCACAAAGCAAAGAGCGAGCACUGGAUCAAAUCUCACUUUAGCCGCCUUUCUGAUGAGAAGCUGGAGGCCAGCAGCAAUGCUGCCACCACCGCCCCCCAGCUGGAGGGUGGGAGUGGGGAGGCAAGCACCAGGAUCCGCGUUGAGACCUUCACCACGAGGCACGGAGAGGGAGGUACCACUCUCCACCGGGAAUCCUUCACCAGCAGACAGCAUACAUCUGGGUCCUCAGUGAUCAAAGAGACCCACAAGGAGUCUGGGAAAUCCUCAUCCACGGAAGAGGCCAUCUGGGCUGAGGUGGCUGCCUGCACCAAGGAAAUUGACUGCAAAGGUCAGCACCUGGCCAAUUCCAUGCUACAGCGAGCCAUAGCCUGCCAGCACUCAGGCCACCUCGAGACCAAAGACAUCAACCAAGAGGAGCUGAAGGCCCUCGAGGAGGUGGAAAUGAAGUUGAAAGGGAGUUUCCUUACUCAGCGGGAGAACACCAUAGCCGGCAUGAACCACACUCAUACCUUCCAGGGCUACAGUCACCAGAACCAUCAGGGUCAUCCAGGUCAUCAGAACCACCAGAGCCACAGCAUGCCCAACCGCAGCCACCAAGAUCUAUGA